CUACCCUUCUAUAAAACCAUAAGCCUUCACAACUCCUUCCCUUCCUUCAUCCUCCACCUCCAGCUUUCGCCUCACUGCAUUUAGAUGUUAUAGCUCUCAUUUAGAAGCCAUUCCACUCCUUCCACUCCGUGCCACCGCCGCCUCAAUCAAAAAUGACAGAGUUUACGCCAAAACAGGUUUAUCCCAACCAGUGCGUUUGCCCCACCGGCGAUCAAUUCAUCGACUGGGUCCGCCAGGAGGUCAACUCAUUCGGCGGGGGCAGCACAUAUCUGGAUCUCGACCUAUUCGGCGUGGCGGAAGACAUCCUCUCCGGCUCCGCCGUCGAGAGAAACAUCGUAGCAUUCAACGCCGUCAUCUCUUGGCGCGUGAAAGUACAGGAGGAGAUUAUGGCUCUGGCGAACGAGCUAGUCGAGCGGGAAAUAAUCCCCGAAUCUGCCGUGCAUUCCCCGAUACAGUUGUUGCCGAUUUCCCAGGAGGCGUAUCAGAAUCGGAUGACCUUGGUUAAGCUUGUUCCCGAGUUACUGGAGAGGUUUGAAAUCCCUGAAUCAAAGGACGAGUUACAAAUCAAAUUCAAUGCGCCGCUGUAUUGGUUUGCGAUUGUCUUGUCCAGGGCGAGGCGCGAGGCCCCGUUCAAGUGCGAGUUGAAGAAGGUGAUGGGAGCCCUUGUAGAUCUCGGGAUAGCGAAAGUGCCGGAGGGAUGGGAGAAAGAUGAGUGGAUUUCAAAGAUGACGGUGGAUACAGAGUUGAAGGAGGAGACGCUGUACCUCGGUGAGGACGAGAUCACUAAACGCUUGACAAAGCUGAAACCAUACCUUGGGUGGAGGUUGCCGCCGUACAACGUUUUCAAAGCCGCUGAGAAUACCAAGGCGGAGGCGGAUUCGGAGGCUGUGGUGGUUGUGACAAAAGACCUGGACGGCGGUGAGGAGCCUGCGGAUCUGGCGGUGGGGUUUGCUGAUAUUGAGGAUGUAUCAGAGGGGGCGGGAGGAGGAGCGGGAGAAGGAGCGGGAGAAGGGGCGGGAGGAGGAACGGGAACAAGAGGUAUACUGCGAGAUAUCGUGCUAGUUAUUACCCUGAGCGUUCUCUACAUCAUGCUUAGCGGGGUUGAGAUGCCGUUGGCUUUCCGGCAGGGAAUCGAGAGGAUGGCGGGCAGGGUGCGGUAUUGGACAGACUCAAUUGGGGAGGAGAUAUUGAUGUUGGCAUCGUCACCAGAGUAGAUGCGUUUCUCAUUCCAUUCCCAAUUCUAUUGUAUGCUGUUUUUCAUGUUUGGGGUGUUGGUGUGGAUUCAUAUGUGUAGAGUUUGGCAUUAAUCCGAUCCUUUUUAA